CUCAGGCCACAGCGGUGUCGAUUACCGGCACACUGAGCCGCUGCUCCCUCUCAACUACACGUCAGCUUCAAUACGAUUAACUCUCCUUUCUCACGGAGGCUUUGGCACAUUCGCCGGAUGAUAUAGAAGCUGCAGACCCUGUCAAGGUUUCAGUGACAGUUGCGCCAUUAUGGAUAUCAACAUGUCUGGGAUGAGUAGCGAUCAGCUGCAUCGCUCCACCUUGGGGAUUUACUCGAACUUGACGGAUGACUUCAACCCAAGUCUACAGAAACUGGUUUCACUGGGUAACAGCUAUAUGCAGGCUUUCAAAGCGCUCGCUGUAACGAGCGAGGCCUACUUCAGCGCGCUUUCAAGGAUCGGAGAGAAGGCUUUCCACACCAUAUCUUCGCGCUCCCUGGGAGAUGUCCUGAUUCAGAUCUCUGAGAGCCAGAGAAGACUCACCUUGGAGCUGGAGGGACUCUGCCGCUGGUUCAGCGCGGAGGUUCUUCAGGAGAUGGACAAUAACAUCAGACUGGACAAAGACUACAUAUCGGGCAGCAGGAGGCACUACGAGAUGGAGGUCCACAACCAGGCGGCAGCUCUGGACAGGCAGCUGAGGAGGGGAGCCAACCAGGAUUGCAGCGAGUAUGUGCAGUUCCUCAGGAGGAGCCACGACGAGGCCCUGAAGGAGGAGGAGAGACGACAUCGCUUCCUGGCUGAGAAACACUGCAGCCUGAUACAAUCCAUCGCCAGCCUCAUGGACAAGCUGGGAGGCUCCCUCCAGCAGAGAGCCAACGCCUGGUCGGUAGAGGUGAACGCCACCAGAGGAGUCAAGGCCGGACGACCCCCGUCAGUGGAAAACUCUAUGGGGAUGAAGGAGGACGAGUACAGAAGGAACAGAGAAGAGCCGCUCCUCGGCAAAAUACCAUCAAGGGCUCCGUCUCCCCAGGAAAGCAUUUUUCGCUCCACCGGAGAGUCACAGGGAGGCGGCGGUGGAGCGAGAUCCUAUAGGGCGAAGGUGGCCCACCAGCCCGGCGCCUCCAACCCCACCCUGCUGCCCUUCUCCAAGGGAGAGAUGAUCACCGUGAAGGUCCAACAGCCAAAGAACGGCUGGCUGUAUGGGCGCGCUGAGAGCAGUUCGCGCCAGGGAUGGUUUCCAUCCACCUAUGUGGAAGCAGUGGACGAUCCUCCGAUGACAACCAGCUCGCACUUCCGAAGCAGCAGCAGCACCAGCAGCAUGAGCGACCUGUGGGACCAACCACGAAGCAGGAACCAGAGCGUAGCCCCGCCCCCUCCCCCUCCGCCUCUGGCUACAUAUUCAAGUGAGCCGGCUCCUGACAGAAGGGCUGAGUCCUUUUCAGAAAGUAAGAUGUCAAAUGCACAUGGAUCGAGACCAGAACUCUUCCCGAGGGGCACCAACCCGUUUGCCACAGUUAAGCUGAAGCCGACGCACACCGACGACCGAUCGGCCCCGCGCUUUAAUCGAUGAUGUCAUCGCAACCCUGGAAAGGAUGCUUUCAUCGAGCUCGACAGUUCAUUCUUGACUAGUCUAGACCAACUCAGCCAUGAGUGGCAGGUUGAUUUGUCGAGUGUUGUUAUCCCUGUCACAGUAGUCUGUUUGCCAUGGUGUCUUUCUGCAAAGUUGGAGAAAGAGGACAAAACUUGUGAUGAAUAUUGUAGAAUUCCUGAUUUCGCACAAGGACUUCAGUUAAUAUUAUUCUGAUUUUCCUAAACCAACAUCCACUCAUGUGUUUCUGUAGGCUUUUUCAUAAUCGUCUCUGGCGUAGUGAUUUGAUAGAAUAGUAAAAAGGAAUCACUGUGAUACAUAAACUGAUAAUUUCACUGAUCUUACCGUCUUAAAUCAUCAGUUUUCUAUGAAAUACCUGAUGUGUGAAUGACGUAAACAUUAGAAAUAAAUGAGUGCUGUGUAAUAAUAAUGUGUAAAUAGUGUACAGCUGAUGUUAUGAAUUGAUGUUGGAUCUGUCAUUUACAGCUCAGGGAUGAAUGCACUAUGCCACAUUCUGUGUGUAGCUGCUUGAAUAAUCUUUACGUUUUGCGUUUUUAUUGACAUUUUAUUGUAUCUCUGCCAUUUUUUUCUCUCUGUUGAAUUAACUCUGUUAAUAAAUAUUAAUUGCAUUACUAA